AUGUUGUCUGCUGUUCGUAAGCAAUUGUUUUCCAAAUCAUCAACAGCAACACUUCCAUUUAUUGCUGCUCGUCGUUUUCUAAACACCACCAAAUUAACAUCUGCUACAGCUGCUGCCCCACAAGAAGCCAAAGCUAACGAUGCUCAAGAAAAUGAUUUAAUCAAAAUUUCCCUAAGUGACACUUCCUUUGAAGGUUACUUAUUGGAAAAUUUACCAGAUUUAUCCUACACCACUACUAAAUCCAGUUUGUUACAAAUGUACAAGGAUAUGAUCAUUAUCAGAAGAAUGGAAAUGGCCUGUGAUGCAUUGUACAAAGCAAAGAAAAUUAGAGGUUUCUGUCAUUUGUCUGUUGGCCAAGAAGCAAUUGCUGUUGGUAUCGAAAAUGCUAUAAGUAAGCAAGAUACCAUUAUUACAUCCUAUAGAUGUCAUGGUUUCACUUACAUGAGAGGUGCUUCCGUUCAAGCUGUCCUAGCUGAGCUAAUGGGUAGAAGAACUGGUGUCUCUUUUGGUAAAGGUGGUAGUAUGCAUUUGUAUGCCCCAAACUUCUUUGGUGGUAAUGGUAUUGUUGGUGCUCAAGUUCCAUUAGGUACCGGUUUGGCUUUUGCUCAUAAAUAUAAGAGCGAAGAUGCUUGUUCUUUCACCUUGUAUGGUGAUGGUGCCUCUAACCAAGGCCAGGUUUUUGAAAGUUUCAAUAUGGCCAAAUUGUGGAAUUUACCUGUCAUUUACUGUUGUGAAAAUAAUAAAUAUGGUAUGGGUACUUCUGCCGCCAGAUCUUCUGCUAUGACUGAGUAUUAUAAGCGUGGUCAAUAUAUUCCAGGUUUAAAAGUAAAUGGUAUGGAUAUUUUGGCUGUUUACCAAGCCUCUAAAUUUGCUAAGGAUUGGGCUGUUUCUGGUAAUGGUCCAUUAGUUUUGGAAUAUGAAACUUAUAGAUAUGGUGGUCAUUCCAUGUCAGACCCUGGUACCACUUAUAGAACCAGGGAAGAAAUUCAACAUAUGAGAUCUAAGAAUGAUCCAAUUGCUGGUUUGAAAAUGAAGUUGCUAGACUUAGGUAUUGCUACUGAAGAUGAAAUUAAAGCUUACGACAAAUCUGCCAGAAAAUAUGUUGAUGAACAAGUCGAAUUGGCUGAUGCUGCUCCAGCUCCAGAGGCCAAAAUGAGUAUUUUGUUUGAAGAUGUUUACGUCAAAGGUACUGAAACUCCAACCUUAAGAGGUAGAUUAAGAGAAGAUACUUGGGAUUUCAAAAAGAAUGGUUUUGCAUUUAGAGAUUAA